AUGGGCACCAAAUAUGCCCACCCAAUUCCAAUAAAGCAAUUCUUAGACACGGAACAAGACCUCCGACAUUACAUCCAAGAAGAGUUAUUUGCGCGUGAGCAUGAUGAUGGAUCCGAACAAAGAAAAACCUGGCUUAACUAUGUGAAUAAGACAAUCUGGCAACUCACUCAAGAAUGGUGGAACCAUCGAAGUGAAUUCGGAGAAGGGAUUGUGUCGCGGGCAUUCGACUUGUGGCGGUCACAUCCUGCAUGGUAUAUGCAUGAGGUCCUAGUUGAAGACUGUGCGAGGAAGCAAGGAUGUUGUUCUCGGGGGUGUGGAUGCUGUGCGAAGCGCCAGCUAUCAACACGCCAACUAGCAGCUGGGCAUUGUGCUCUUACGUGUGGAUGUUGCCGAACAGCUCGGGGCUUUGAGCUCACCCAAGAGGAAGAGAAUGAAAUUUACGCGGCCUUUGAUUUCCAGGCAAAUACAAAUUUUUACGAUCGGAUUGAGCUGGCUUCUAUCUGGGGAUUACGUUUGGAUAACUAUGAGAGUCCCUUUGAUCUAAUCAAGUCAGCAUGUGAACAGGUUGAUGAUGGAAAUGGCAAGUUAUGCAGUACUGAUUACACUGAGAAUUGGGAUGACGAUUCUUCAAUACCGGAGGAAUCAUGA